AUGGAUAAAAAUCAUCAACCUUACUCUUCAAGAAAGCCCUAACCUAGGAGAGUAUCUAAAAAGGUUUACUCUGAUUUAAUUUCAGAUGAUAUUGAUGGCUUAAGAGAUCCGUUAAUUUCAAGAGAUUUAUUAGACUAUAACUAAAAUCCAAGCGUAAAAAGCAAAGAUACAUCAAGAUCAUUUGUUAAAUGCGAUGAGUUAACUGGAAAAUUUGCAUAUGAGUCUCUGGCUAAGAUUGCAUUUGGCAGGAGAUGGAAACCAUUUGUAUCCCUAAUGAUGCUGAUCUGUGUUGUUUACCCUCUAUCUAUUCCGACUGAAAUAAAUCAGACUAUGGUAAUGUCUGCAAUUGGAGCAAUUUGCAGUAUAUUUACAGUUUUUGUGAUUGUUUAUGAAUUUCUAGCAGAUAGAUUAGUGGUUCCUGAUAUUUCUGGUCAAUUUUAACACAUUAAAUAUUUUAUCUUAGAUUGGGAUAGAUUUGUGGAAUCCACACCUUUUGUUGUAUUCUUAUAUAUGUAUCAAGGUAUCAUACCUUAGAUGUAUAGAGAACUUGAUCGCAGAAAUCUCAACAGAAUGGAUAGAAUAAUUCUAAGAAGCAGUAUUGGAACAGUAUUUAUUUACUUGAUAAUUGGAAUUUUUGGGUAUCUUACAUUUGUCGAUAAAAUUCAGGAAUAAAUCUUAGAUCCUAAAAGAAAUGGUAAUAUUCUAGAAUGCGAUUAUUAGGGGUCAAAGUUAGUAUAACUUGCAAGAGCAUCAGUUACCUUUUCUUUAAUAGCUACUGUGCCACUAUGUUUAAUUCCCGCUAAAGAUUCAUAUAUGCAAAUGGUUGGCAUUAGAGAAUUGAAUGAUGAAAAUAAUUCAAAGCUAUCUAUCGGCUUAGUACUGGUCACUUAUAUUGCUACUGUGGCCAUCCCAAAUAUUAGAGGGGCAAUAACAUUACUUGGUGCUACAGUCAAUCCAUUCAUUGGGUUUAUUUUUCCCAUUAUGUUCUAUCUAAAAUUAGAUCCAUAACCACUAGCAAGUAAAGACAAAAUUAUUGCUAUCCUUGUCAUGAUCUUUAUAAUCUUUGCUAGCAUACUAGGUCUGCUAUAGUACUUCCUUAAAGAGGUUUGA